AUGUCAGCUCCUGCGAAAUCACGAUGGGCAGACGAUAACCCCGAGACAGAAGCUGAAAUUCAGCGCAGAAAGCAGGAGAAAGAAGCAAAGAAGCGUGCAAAGGCAGAGAGACAGCGUCUGCUCGCGGAGAGACAGCAGCAGCAGCAGCAACAGUCGACGGCAGAGAACGACAGACAAGACGAAGGGAGGGCAGAGAAUGGAGUUGAACCCCCUGCUAAACGGCGACGGCUGUCAAACGAAGACAUGGCUGGAGAUGCGCCAGUGCCUGAGCAACCUGCGGCGAAGCUGCUUCGAUUCCCAGCACCAGAAUGGGGACCAUGCCGACACAUUGACAACUUUGAGAACCUGAAUGCUAUUGAAGAAGGGUCCUACGGAUGGGUCUUUCGGGCAAAGGAGCGAGCAACAGGUGAAAUCGUGGCCAUCAAGAGGCUGAAGAUGCAAAGCCCCUACGAUGGCUUCCCCGUCACUGGUCUCCGUGAAAUACAGACCCUGUUUGGAUCACGGCAUCCUAAUAUAAUUCAUCUCCGUGAAGUAGUCAUGGGAGAUACAAUGGACGACGUUCUCCUGGUCAUGGAUUUUAUCGAACACGAUCUCAAGUCUCUGCUGAACGAGAUGAGAGAACCUUUCUUGCCCUCCGAGACCAAGACGGUUCUCCUCCAAGUGCUCGGUGCAGCGGAGUUUCUGCACGCACAUUGGAUCAUGCAUCGCGAUCUAAAGACAUCGAACCUACUCAUGAAUAACCGCGGAGAAGUCAAGCUUGCCGAUUUUGGCAUGGCGAGGUACUACGGUAACCCGCCGCCAAAGAUGACUCAGUUGGUCGUUACGCUCUGGUAUCGGGCGCCAGAGCUGCUGAUGGGUGCAGAUACAUACAGCACCGAGAUAGACAUGUGGAGCAUAGGCUGUAUAUUUGGUGAAUUAUUGAUCAAGGAGCCUCUUUUUUGCGGUAACAACGAAGUAGGCCAGUUAUCAGAGAUAUUCAAACUCACCGGUCCUCCUACCUCCCGUACAUGGCCUGGCUUCCGCUCUCUUCCCAACGCAAAGUCUCUUCGUCUCCCACCACCACCCUCCGAUAGCUCUAGCCCCGUAGUCCCGCUCCUCUCGGGUUCAAAGUUUCCCUAUCUCACUUCCGCAGGACUCAGUCUCCUAUCUCACCUCCUCGCCCUUAACCCUACAUCCCGACCAACCGCCAAAUCAUGCCUGUCCCACCCAUACUUCCGCGAGGACCCCAAACCCAAACCCAAGGAAAUGUUCCCAACCUUCCCUUCAAAGGCUAAUAUGGAAAGGAGACGCAAGCGGGAUACGCCUGAGGCGCCGAAGAGAGGAGAGGAAGCGCCCAGACUGGAUUUUGCAAAUGUAUUUGGUGGUGGAGGCCUUGAUGGAGGCUCGACGGAGUCAGGAGCCGGCUUUGCGUUGAGGUUGGGCUAA